GGGGGGGCUCCGCUUCUGGGCUCCUCCGUAGUGCCCCCCAGCCCCUCUUUAUCAGGGGCAGUUGCCAUGAGGGCAGCCAGCCCGCCGAGCAGAAAGGCACCUUGAGGGCAUGUGCACGCCCUGCGGGGCCCCGGAGGAAACCCAGGUUUGGAGAUUUGCCCAAAGUUCCUCUAGGACCUUCCCACCCCGCUCUCCAUCCCAGCCUUCCUGCCCCCCCCAUCCCUUGGAAAAUCAGGAGUCCUCCCUUACAGAACGUGGCACUUAGGGGUUUUACAAACUGAAUGUUGAAUUGGGAUGUUUUGAUUGCUACCUAAACACAUUGGAGUCAUACAUGCUUUUGCUUAAAAUAGCGUGUGCACAAAAAUAUCUUUUAAUUAGGUGGUUUUUAUCAAAUAAGUUUUUCUCUACAAUACUCCUGGAAGAUUGGCAGGAAAAUGUUCUUUUUGCCUCGUCCUGGACGAGGAGGCUGAGCCAGCAAGGCUCCUGGGAAGGAAAUUCAGCAGCGUCUGUCUUUUCUGAUCAAUGCAUGACUGCAGUGAGCUGGCUUGUGGGUGAAGCAAGCAGCAUGAAUUCAUCCAGGUGGUCUGACAUUUUAAAGGUUCUGCUCCCCCUGAAGAGGAAACAUUUGAAGGGAACACGAGAUGUAAAAGAAGAAAUCUUCACGGGCGUCUCCAAGGAUGCAAUGCCAACCCAUCCCUCACUGAGACCAUGAUCUCUUCUCAUCCCUUGGAAGUUUCUGUGUUCUCCAGCGAGAAUUCUUCCCCUUCAUCUUGUGCCAUGGGAAAAACCUGAAGGGCAGGCAGAAUUGUUCCCAGACUUGGGGAUUUUUUUGAGGUUUCAGCGGCUCUUCUGGGACAUGACAAUUGGAGAUCACUUCUUUUUGUUGUCUUUCAGAGUCGAACCAAAGAAGGCACUUCCUCAUUGUCUAGUGCUUUGGCUCCUGCUCAUUUUUAUAUUUGUUUCCGUUGCUUGUGCCUUAAAACCAUCUUACGUAACCAGAAGACAUCCUUAAAAAGUGUUCCAGCGCGACUUGCGUGCAUCUGGGCUCCGCAGGGGCUCUCCCAUGGCUCUGUGGGCCAGCAGUCCAAGGGCAUUACCAUGAGGCACUGCAUUAAUUGCUGCAUACAGCUGUUGCCCAACAACGAGCACAAACAGCAGGUUGGCUGCGGAGGAGGCCCCCUUCACAGUCACCUGGAGUGCCCCGCGUGCAAAGGAGAGAACAAAAUUGUGCUUCGUGUGGACGGUAAGCAGAUGAACUUGCUUGCUGUUCUCGAGGUGAGGGCUGAGGGCAAUGAGAGCUGGGGCAGGUUUCUGCGCUUCAAGAAGGGGAAGCGAUGUAGCCUGGUUUUUGGAUUAAUGAUCAUGACCUUGGUGAUGGCAUCUUACAUCCUUUCUGGGGCCCACCAAGAGCUUCUGAUCUCCUCACCUUUCCAUUAUGGAGCCUUCCCCAGCAAUCCCAGCUUGAUGGACGGUGAAAACCCGAGCGACACGAAAGAGCAUCAUCACCAACCCUCUGUAAAUAAUAUUUCGUACGUGAAAGACUACCCAAGCAUUAAAUUAAUUAUCAACAGCAUCACAGCCAGGAUAGAGUUCACAACCAGGCAGCUCCCAGACAUAGAAGAUCUCAAGAAGCAGGAAUUGCACAUGUUUUCGGUAAUCCCCAAUAAAUUUCUUCCAAAUAGCAAGAGCCCCUGCUGGUACGAGGAGUUCACGGGUAGGAACACCACCGACCCCUACCUGACCAACUCCUACGUGCUCUACUCCAAGCGUUUCCGAUCCACCUUCGACGCCCUGCGCAAGGCCUUCUGGGGCCACCUGUCCCACGCCAGCGGGAAGCACUUCCGCCUCCGCUGCCUGCCGCGCUUCUACAUCAUCGGGCAGCCCAAGUGUGGCACCACCGACCUCUACGACCGCCUCCGGCUGCACCCAGAAGUCAAGUUCUCCGCCAUCAAGGAGCCCCACUGGUGGACCCGGAAGCGCUUUGGAAUCGUCCGCCUGAGAGAUGGGCUUCGGGACCGCUACCCCGUGGAAGAUUACCUGGACCUCUUUGACCUGGCCGCACACCAGAUUCAUCAAGGACUGCAGGCCAGCUCUGCAGAGGAACAGAGCAGGAUGACUAGGAUCAUUAUCGGGGAGGCCAGCGCGUCCACCAUGUGGGACAACAACGCCUGGACGUUCUUCUACGACAACAGCACGGAUGGAGAGCCGCCCUUUCUGACCCAGGACUUCAUCCAUGCCUUUCAGCCAGACGCAAAACUGAUUGUCAUGCUCAGGGACCCCGUGGAGAGGUUGUACUCCGACUAUCUCUACUUUGCAAGUUCGAAUAAAUCUGCUGAUGACUUCCACGAGAAGGUGACAGAAGCUCUGCAGCUGUUUGAGAAUUGCAUGCUCGACUAUUCCCUGCGUGCCUGCGUCUACAACAACACCCUCAACAAUGCCAUGCCUGUGAGGCUCCAGGUCGGUCUGUAUGCUGUGUACCUUCUGGACUGGCUCACCGUGUUUAAUAAAGAACAGUUCCUCGUCCUUCGCCUGGAAGACCACGCCUCCAACGUCAAGUACACCAUGCACAGGGUCUUCCAGUUCCUCAACCUCGGACCCCUAGGUGAGAAACAAGAGACCCUGAUGACAAAGAGCCCCGCGUCCAACGCGCGACGUCCCGAGGACCGGAACCUGGGCCCCAUGUGGCCGGUCACCCAGAAGAUCCUGCAGGACUUCUACGGGCCCUUCAACGCCAGGCUGGCCCAGGUGCUCGCCGACGAGGCGUUCGCCUGGAAGAAGACCUGAGGGUCGGGGUCCCCCUGCGGUUUCCACUGUUAUCGUGAUUUAAAAAUCUCUCUUUGGGGGGCAGGGCCCUCUUCCUCAACAGCGUGGAGAAAACCCCCAGAUGAUUCUUCUUCCCCUCCCUAGGCACCUGUUCAGUAUAACCGUUUGUGGUGUGAAACAACCUGGCAACUGACCCUUCACGGGGCUCCGCCAUCCCGGGCCAUUGGAAACUCCACUUGGGAACCGUUCCCUCCUGCGGCACAGUGGCCGGGCCGCGGGGUCCAGGCGGGG